CACAACUCGCCAGUCAGUGAGCGUACCGCUAUACGUCUGCAAGGUUGUAGCCGCGUUCAUUUUCUUACUUUUAAAAUGUGUUACCGUCUCCAAAACACGAGAACUCCACAGAGAACGUUCCUCUAAAUCAAGUAUUAUCUUUCGCGAUUCGAAAUUUAUUGACUAGUGAUCAGAAACUCGAGUUCUCGAUUGAUAACAGAUUGUGUGAGAUUGUUCCAGCUGUGUUGUCUUCUUUCGAACGCCAAGAAGACAACCAACAACAUUCUUGAAUGGAGUUCUCACGAAGUUUCUCUCAAAAACUUCUACAGCAAACACUUUUCAACAACAACUAUUUCGGCAAAAUGUUACGACAUCAUCGAUAAGAAUGUCGAAUCACUUGCACCGAUUAACAAGGUGUGACAUUAGUUAGUUAUUGGAGUUUACGUGAGCUAUUCGGAAGUGUUGAAGUGAAAGAAGCCAACGUGUUGGGUGUCAGUGGUGGAAUUUCAGUGAUUUCAACAGUGUUCCUAUUAUGGAUCGAUUGGAUUUCAUCUCGAUUCUGCUGCUAAACAUCUGCUUGCUGCUGGGAGGAGUGAGCAGCCAGGGCGACAACACUCCUCCCGUGGUAUGGAUGGAACGCAAAUGGGUGGUGUCCGAGACAGAGCCAGUGGGCAGUGUGGUGACACGCGUGCGGGGGUCGGACGCCGAGGGAGAUCCACUCGAGUUUGGACUCGAACACCAUCUAGGGUUCAAUGUGGCCGCACCUGAUCCCAAUCCGAGUCCGCUCCCGUUUCGCAUCGACAACCGAACCGGUGUUGUCUACACUAAUGAUUCGUUGGUUGGCAAGGGCGGAAAAGACAUGUUCCUGUACGUGACGGUAACGGAUGGCAAGCUGCUUCACAAGAGCGAGGUGUGGGUGAACGUCAUUGGUGGUGGAGACGACCAAUCAGCCGCCCCCAGGAACAAACCCACCGACCUGCCCAACAAGCUGCUCGCCCAAUACCCGAGACCACCACCCCCGGGAGGCCUAGGCAGCUACCUGCCAGGAGGCGGCUUCCCACCCCCGGUGUUCCCAGGAUCAAGCCAAGGGCGCCUCCCACCCCACCGCCUCCAAAGCCGCCUCCACCGCAUCCUGAUCCGCCCCCACAUCCCAAACCGCCCACUCCUCCCCGGUGAAGUUACUGUGGCCACUGAGGAGUCGACAAGAAGCUCAACGUCCAGAGCAGAAGUGGAAGUUGCGACGUCCACCCAGCCAACAGUGACGUCACCAAUUGCCGUGACUGAUGCCGAUCUGAUCAUCGUCACUGUAGUCAUGGUGGCAGUCAUUGUCUCCAUCUCGUCAGUCGUGGCCUGCCUCUUCCGGAGGAGGAUAUGCAAGAGAGCCAAGUCGAAAAAAGAUGAAAUGAGGAAGGAGCCAGCAAGCAGCGAGGAGCCAAUGGCAAUGCAGCAUUGGCAAGGUCCCAGAGCGUACGUCAACAGAUAUGAGUCAUGGGACCUGGAUAACGUACAGGGACAGACAGUUGAGCAAAGCAAGCUAUCAGACCGUUGGGAAUUCCCAAGACACCACCUCAAAGUCUACAGCAUUCUGGGUGAAGGAUGUUUCGGCCAAGUAUGGCGAUGUGAAGCAGUCGGCAUUGAUGGAAGAGCAGGACAAUCAGUGGUAGCCGUUAAGACACUCAAAGAGAACGCCGGAGAAAGAGAGAGACUGGACUUACUGCAAGAGCUACAAGUCAUGAAAUCUCUGGAGCCUCAUCCUCACGUUGUCAGGUUACUUGGCUGUUGCACUGAAAAAGAUCCGCUGUUCGUUAUAAUGGAGUUCAUAGCAAACGGCAAACUACAGAGCUUCCUUAGGAACUCGAGGGCACAGCGCUGCUACGAUAACAUGCACGGCAAGAGCGCAACACUCACCUCGCGCGAUCUAACCUCGUUCUGCUACCAGGUAGCCCGCGGCAUGGACUUUCUCUCGUCGAAAGGGAUUAUUCACCGUGACUUGGCGGCUCGAAAUAUUCUGGUCGACGAGAACCAUAUCUGCAAAGUGGCUGACUUUGGAUUCGCUCGUGACCUCAUGGCCAACUACGUCUAUGAACGCAAGUCAGAGGGUCGACUGCCCAUUAGAUGGAUGGCCCCCGAAUCGCUCUACGACAACAUCUUCUCGGUGAAGUCGGACAUCUGGAGCUUCGGCGUGCUGAUCUGGGAAAUAGUGACCCUGGGCUCGACGCCUUACCCCGGCAUGGCAGCUGCUGAGGUCAUGCGCAAAGUGCGCGACGGAUACCGACUAGACAAACCCGAGCACUGCCGACGCGAGCUCUACAACAUCAUGUUCUACUGCUGGGACAACGACUCCAAGGAGAGGCCCGACUUCAAGGAGCUCGUGAAGCUGCUCGAACAGCUACUGUUGACUGAGACUGAGUACAUUGAACUGGAUCGGUUUCCCGAUCAUUCCUACUACAACAUGUCGUCGUUGAGUGGAGAAAAGCUAUGAAAAGAGUCAGGGAGUGAGAAUCCAUGAUCAUCAAAGGUUCAUGGAUCACUCUUACUCCAAACAUGUCUUCUCUAAGUGGGGAGAAGUUGUGAUUGUGUCAAAAGUGUUCAAUGUUACGUACAACAUAACCGUAAGGCUAGUUACACACACAUCGAUUUUGGGACGUACGAUCUUUUGUUGUCCUUUAUAUUCUAUUGGAUUAAACAGCAGAUGAUUUCAAAUGGAUUAUGUUUAUCAAGUUCCGUUUAAUCUCAUAGAAUUCAUAAGACUGCAAAAAAUCGUACGACCAAAAUAGAUUUAUGUGUAACUGGCUUAACGGUAAUCAGAGGUUCCUGGAUUUCUCUCAGUAUAUUUCUUAUCUUCACUGAGUGGGGAAAAAUUAUGAAAUUGUCUGAUGAUGUUCAAGAUUUCAGAGGCUCCUACAAGAUCACUCUAUAGAUCACUCUUAUAGAUCACCUUAUAGAUCACUCUCCUCAUAAUAUUUCGCCAUUGAUUGGGAAGGAGUAGUGAUUGGGUUAAAUUUGUUCCGGUGCUCGAAUAACUUUAUGUAUACUCUACGAGUCAUGGUACUGCAUAGAAGACAUUUUAUAUCAUAUAUCCUAUUAUAUAUUAUAGACAUAUUAUCUGGGCAGAGAAUUGCAAUAUUCACAAAGCAGCAAGUUUUGGUAGCCUAUUAUGAUCUAUGAUCACUUCUGGUUAACAAAGAAAUGUAAUUGGACUACCUCAAGCCAAGACAGCCUAUUACGUCACACGUUCCCGCACCACUUGAUAACUGACAAUGGUUACAAUGAAUAACACAAGUAAUGCAUGUAGUGCUCACUAGUCAGACUGUUGAAAAAGUUGCUCAUAUAGCUUCGCAUGUAGUAAUGCACUAGCGGGAACCGUCCCUAUUGAAGUUCUGAAAUUUCAAAAUUCCCAAUAAAUCAUCAAGUGGAAAAGUAACUAUGUAGAAGAGUAACUGUGUUUUAGUACAGCACUGUUUUUCACAGUGAAAUGUUUUUCACAUUUAGAAACACAAUUUCACUUCUCGUAGGAUAAGGCUCCUCCUUAGGAUGCAUCCCUCGUCUCUUAACCAAAUAGUGAUUUUUUAUGUUUCUUCGGAAAACAGUGUCUAAAAAACUACAAAAGAGUUAUUAUAAAGUAUUUCGUCAUGGAAAAGAUAAUCAAUUUCAGGAGAAGAGUCUUUUUGCCUAUUGAUUUGUGAAUCAAAUGUAGGUCUAUUCACUUUUUUGUCAAUCAAAGGUUAUUAUACUUCUUAUUUAAAUUAAAAACUUGGAUUGAUCAUCAAUUGAAAAAUCAAGUCCCAUAAUCGUGUAAUUUGGAUACAUAGAACCGAAAUAAUAAAUUAUAACUGCAUUUCCAUAUUACAUUUCCUAUCUGUUUUGCUUACUUCUAGCUGAUAAUGCUUGUGACACUGCUUGCAUCGCAGUGAAUGGCUUGCAGUUCAUGAGAGAUUAUGUUUUCCUAAAAACAGAAAUAUGGAAAAGCAUAAUCACUAGAAACGAUUUAUUACUGUUAGUCCAAUCUGUGUUUAUCUAGCCUUCAGUAACGGAGGAUUCAUUCAGUGAAUGUGAUGCUCAAAUGCCGAACCAAUCACAACGUCAAUAGCAGAUCAAACGUUACUCUGGUUCUCAGAUUUAAUGCUGGAACUGUUACACCAAUCAGUGCGACUGCUGCAUUAGAUUCAAUAGAAUCACUCCGUGUGAUACGAUUCGCUAAAUACUUCAAUACUAAAUACUAUAUCACAAAUAACAUUCAAAGUAUACAUAGUUUUGCAGACUGAAUAAAUGAGUGUAUGAUCAUCAUUUUUUGUACAGCUUUAAUCCAUUAACCCUGGUAAU